AGUUAUUGAGUGUUAUAGCUUUGAGGAGCAGACAGUUCGAGCUGUAGAUAGAGUGAACAGUGACGGGUGUGGCAGAAAUUGAAUUUGGAUACAUUCAAUUCAAGCUUGGUGCCAUAUUCAGUUUGAAAUCCUCACUUGCAAAACAACUUGGCCACUUUAACCUGCUCUCUCUGCUCCGUUCUUCCACCGAAGAUGAAACCAAAGGCUUUACUUGGCCUCUUGCUGCUGCUCAAUUGUGAGCUUUCCUCGUGCACUCAUCUAGUGGUGAUACCUGGUUCCUCACUGGAGCUGCCCUGUCUUCCGUUUCAAACUGGCUACACUGGAGCGGCCAUCACCUGGAAAUUCAAUGGGGAAGAUGUGCCUGUCACCGCUCAGUCACGUGACUCGCCUCGAGUUCGACAAGGUGGCUUGUAUCUCUCUUUAUCCCACGUUACUGCUGCCAACGAGGGCGACUACUUGUGUCUGAUAAAGGAGAACGGCAUGGAGAUGAUAAGGACUUACCACAUUACAGUUCUUGUCUUGUUUAUGUACACCGUCAAGGUAUUUGAGGGCUCCACUGCUAACCUCCCGUGCCAUUUUCCACCUUCCAACGAAGUCAAGACCGAUGCAAUUUGGUUUAAAGAGACAAAUCGUGAAAAGAGGACACAGCUUCCCCUUGGAGACAAUAAUAGUAGAGUAGAGCAGCUUUAUCCACUGGACCAUGAUCAGGCCAUCCUAAUCAGAGAUAUUGUGGAGGAGGAUGCUGGAAAUUACAUAUGUCAGUCUCCUGAGGGACAGAGUCUGAGCUUUGUGAAUGUCAUUGUUGAAGUUUCUCCCACCGCUGUUCCUCACUCCUGCAGUGGCUUCACCACACCGUGGGAGACCUGCCAGGACGAGAACAGUCGCACAGGGCAGCCCAUGUUGCAGGAAUCCAUCACAGGGUUUUCCAUGAAGCUGUAUUCUUUCCUCAGAGAAUCACAACCCUCCAGCAACUUGCUCUUCUCUCCGAUCAGUAUCAGCGGCUUGCUCUCCCAUUUGUUGUUAGGUACAAGGGGCGACACACGUAAAGCCAUUGAGAGGGCCGUCUCUGUGCCUCAUGACUUCCAUUGUGUUCACCUCCAGAUGAAGAAGCUGAGAGAGAAGUUGGCCAGUUCCUUGCAGAUGGCUUCUCAGAUCUUCUACAACCCAAAAAUGAAUCUUAGCAGGUCCUUUACUAACCAGUCAAUCCAGUUCUAUGACGCAGAGCCCACCAGGUUGCUGGAAACCAGCGAGGAGAACACACAGAUGAUCAACAGCUGGGUGGCAAAUAAGACCGACAAUAAAAUCCAACACUUGGUCGACUCUGUAGCACCGAGUACACAGCUGAUGCUGCUCAACGCUGUCUCCUUUAACGGUCAGUGGAAGGUCAAGUAUGAUGCGAAACCCAAGAAAGGACUUUUCACAAAACUGGAUGGUGAUAUGGUGACGGUGCCUCUCCUCUAUCACCCGAAAUACAUGGUGGCUUUGAAUUACAUUGUUCAGCUGAAGGCACAGGUGGCAAGUUUUGCCCUCACAGGAGACGCCAGUCUUUACAUCCUGCUACCUCACUCCAGCAAAGUGACAGGCCUGCAGCAGGUGGAGGAGAGGAUGACAGAAACAACUGUGCGUCAAAUGAUAGAAGAAAUGAAGACAACAUCUCCGCAGCAAGUCGAGGUCACUCUGCCCCAGAUUCGGCUGAAUAUCCAGGCAGACAUGAACAUGCUUAUCAAGAAAUUAGGACUUUCGUCCCUCUUUGAGGAUGCCAACUUGUGUGGCCUCUGCUCAGAAGAGAGGAUUAUCCUGGACGAUGCCAGACACAGAGCCGUCCUCUCCCUGACCGAACAAGGGGUCGAGGCCGGGGCCGUCACCUCCGUGUCUUUCUCUCGCUCCUUCCCUUCCUUCUCUGCACUGCGGCCCUUCGUCAUGCUGCUGUGGAGUGACCAGGCCAAUGUGCCACUCUUUAUUGGCAGAGUGACCGACCCAUGAGAGAAAGAAAGAUUUAUUGUUGCGUGAGCACAAUAUAAAUCCAGUAACAGCAUUGCUUCAAGUAGUCCCUGGACUGCAGUGAGCUUGACGUGGGUUGAUUUCCAAGAUGAUGAUGAAUAAACACAUUAUCAAUACAA